AGAUUGUAGAUGUUAUAAUAUCUAACCUAGGGUACAUGAAGCUCGUCUGUUCUCCACUUCGAAGAUACUCUUGCAGCAUCUGAGGAUGAUACUCUAAUAUCUGCAUUGUUUUCACACUCAUACCAAUCCAAUGAGAAUAGUGUACCUCUCUAUAUAUCAAUCCAUACUUCUGAUCUUAUUCUAUGACACACGAGCAAGUCCAAAGUCGCAAAUCUUCAGCUUGCAAUCAGAGUUUGCUAGAAUGUUUUUAGGCUUUAAAUCACGGUAAAACGCAUUAGCUAAAACAAAAUCAAACACAUUUUCUUCAGGUUUAGUAGCCAAAGGACAAUCAUAACACUAGCCAAGGCACUUGCCUGAGUGAAUAACUUCAGACCACGGAGAAGUUGGUACAGGAAAAACUGAUAAUGCUCAGGCGUCAAAUCAUCGUUAGCUUUGGUAACUUGGUGAAGGUCUGAUUCCAUCAGCUCAAAAACAACAUAAAUGCCUCUGAACUCUCUACUCGAAGGAGGAAGCAUAACAUGCUAAUCUCAACUAUAUCAGGAUGCCUUAGCAACCUUAGAAGCUUGAUCUCUCUUAGAAUCCUCGUUGCAUCAGAGACGUGCUCAAAAAUAUCAUUGCUCUUCUUGAUAACUCAAAGUAAUGCUAUUUGUAUUAUGGUCUACAUUAAUAUAUCAAUACUAUUAAAGGAGAAACAAUUUUUAUCUACUUACAAAUAGUCUAGGUUGGACCAUUACAUUUAUUUAACUUCUUAUUAUUAAUUUCUCAUACAAUUAACUUACUUAUUAUUAAAUAUAUAUAUCAUACAUAACCAAUUAUUUUAAUAUUUUCAAAAUAAGAUAUCUAAAAAUAAAUUUUUAAGUAUAUUUUCUAAGAUUUCGUUUUAAUAAUAUUUUUAAUACCUUUUUAUUUAAAAUGUAAAUAUACAUUUUUCUUAAUAUUUACUUUACAUAAUAAAAUUCAUAAUUAAUAUUGGCUAUAAUUAUAAAACGAAUAUUAAUUCAUUUUUUAUUUAUAGAACAAGAAAUAACAUUCCUAUAAUAUUUAUAUAUACAUAAUUUAUAUUCAUAAUUAAAUUACUACAAAAAUAUAAAUAUAAAGUAAUUUAAUCAAUUUAUUCAGUAUUUUAUAAAUUAUAAAAUUAAAGAAUAACAUAUAUUCAUUAAUUUAUAACAUAUUUAAAACAAAAUAUUAAAUUAAGAUAUAUAAACUAAUAAAUAAUUUCAUAUUUUAAUAUUCAUAUUUAAUUUAGAAUAUUAAAAAUAAUUUAAUAUAUUUAUCAAGUAUGAGACAGGUUGAAUGACAUAUAUAUAAUUUAUAUAACAAUCAAAAUAAAUUUUGACCAAUUAAAAAUAAAAAAUAAAAUUUUACCAGAAUUUAAGCUUUAAAGUAUAAAUAAAAUUAAUAUGGGAAGGGUUAUGUAAAUGAAUUGUCUUAUCUUUAUAAAAUUAUAUUCAUGUAAUUCUUAAUAUAACUAUCUAUACUUUUAAAAAGAUAGACUCAAUAAUUGUCUUCUCAGUGGCCACCUUUUCGGUGCACUUUUUCGUGUUUGCCUAAUAACAUUUUGGGUUCAAAUAUAUUUUUUCCUUCACACGAGAUUCAUUGUUAUAUUUCAGACUAGGUACAAAUUGGAUUUUUUUUGUUUAGAUUCGAUUCAGACUUCUGGUUACAAAUGUUAGGAAAACAAUUGCUAUUAUUCAAAGUUUUUGACUAGCUAUAUCUAGUUAAUAGUAAAUACUAUUAAAACAGAAGAAACAUUUUUAUUUACUAUAAAAUUGUCAUACUAGAUCCAUAUAUUCAGUUACAUUUUUUGAUUAUUUACAUUAGUUUAUUUAAUAUAUAACAUCUCUAAAAAAUCUAAAUAAUUAUAAGGAUAUUAAUAACAAUCUAUUUUAACUGUAUAUUUAAAUUUUAGUUUUAGUAAUAACAAAAUAUGUUGAGAAAAUAUCUAAUAAAAGCUUUUAAAAAAUUAAAUAUUUUUAAUUAAUGCAUUUAUUAAUUUCAUAAUUAGUAGUAUAACAUUAUUAUAAAUUAAUUUUAAUUAAAAUUUAUUAUAAAAAAAUUAUAUGCUAAUUUUAUAAAUUUAAUAAAUAUAGUCUAUGUUAUAUUAAAAUAGAAGUAAUAAAUGAAUUACAUAUGAAAAUUAUAUUAAAUUGGUAAACUAAUAUAUUUUGAAAAAUACUUUCAUUUAAAUAAAUAAAUAAAAUAUCAUCCACCAUUUAAAGUGAUUAAAAUAUCAUUCAUCAUUUAAAACAGUUAAAUUCGUAAAUUAUGUAAUAAUUUUAUACAAAAAGUAAAAUUGUUAACAUGUGUUAAACUUUUAUAAUUAGAACUAUAUAUUAUUAAUUAAUUUAUUUUUUUUAAAUGACAACAAUAUAUUAUCUAAAAAUGAUUAUAUACAAAAUAUAAUAUAAACAUUUGUUAUUUAUAAAAUUAAAGGUUAUCCGCACGGAUAUGUGGAUCAAAGUCUAGUUACUAUUAUGUGAGCUAUACUAUUUUUUUUGUCAUCAACUUAAACAAACUCAUAUUGACUCCGCGUGCAACUAUACAUAUACAUUACUUCAUAAAUAAAUAUCAUCAGAAAGUAAUACUUUUUUGUCGUCUUCUUAAAAUAUGUGCAACACGAGGACUUCCCGGGAGAUCACCCCUCGGAGAGUAAUAUAAAAUAUAGUAAUCGUAAAACAAUUUACAUAUCACUUUUCUUUUUAGUAUUAGUGGUAAAUGACUUAAUUAUAUGCACAUGCAUGUAUAUUAUCGGAAACAAUAAACAAUAUAAUCAAUAAUUUGUUUGAAAUGAGAAUACAUGGCUUUGGUACUAUGUUAGCGUUUAGAGUAACGAACUAGUCUUGAGUUUUUCAUGAAUACUAGCCAUCCAUUGCGUUGUGCUUAGAGUUUUUGUAUGAACUUCACACACUUGUGUCACAAUAUAAACCAAACUUGCUCACAUUUCUUUGCUUUGUUAGAUCAGUUUCAUUGCACCACUAUUAAACGUUCCCCUCCUAUCAUUCAGUUUUGUUCUUUUUGGUUGGUGUCGGUCACAUUCCAACAUAAAUUACAUAACACCUUUCUUGACAUUAUCAUUGAUGCAUAUAAACUUAAUUAACAAGUAUAUGUAUAAGUAUUGUUGGGAUGAAACACAAAUCAUGAUAAAAAUAUGAUAGUUUCAAAAGAACAAAUAUACCCUAAUACAUUUUCUGAUCAUCAAUACUGAUGUACAGUAACUCAAUCAAUAGACCUACUUAUGGAAGCCGUCCUUUAGAUUUGCUUAUCAUUCGCUCUUUAACGGAGUUUGUUGCAUAAGUAACUUAAUGCUACAAUGAUUGUUUGCUGGCAUUGCUGCAGUUCAUGUAUGAGACAGAAAAUGAUAUCUUUGUUUUUGUAAGAGAAUAUGUCCUUGUCUUUUUAAGAGAUAAUAUAUCCUUGUUUUACAAAGUGUAUAGUCUGAAAUCUAGGCGGGUCUUUGUUAAAAUCUUGGCCGUAUUUUUUUUAUAUUUUAAUUAUUUGCUAAGAAUUCUUGGAUCGAAAAAGUCCAAAAAGUAAGAAAUACUUUACAAAACUCAAAUAGAAAAAAAUCUGGCGAGUCAAACGUCAAGGCUUAAGGUAAUAUCAUUAAGUAAAUGUUAUUCAACGCUAACACUUCAAUACCAUUUUCUACCAUAUCACAUAAUCUUGCACCUCUCCAUCCUCAGCCUCUCAAACCAGCCUAACUUUACCUAUUUAUACCGCAAUAAUUUACUUAUAUUCACAAAGCAAACAAUAAUCACAAGAGUGAGAUAAGAAAAGUACGAAAUCGCACCAGCCGCUUUUUUCAUUGUUUUUUCUCAAAAACAAAAAAGAUAUCAUGGAUCGAUCUGAUUCUCACCAACCUUUUGACGUUACCACCAUCGCCAGCACCUAUGUCCCCGAGAGCGCCACUGCUCCGAAUGCACAAACUGUUAACGAAUCAAACCGUGUUGAGACAGAAGUUGCGCCAGUGGUUCAGCCAGGAGUUGAGCCAGUGGUUCAGCCACAGGGUGAGCCAGAUGCUGCUUCUGAGGCAGCUCUUGUUCCGGCGCAGCCUUCCUCAAACCCCCGUCCUUACACCGACAUGAUUUACGACGCGGUUGUGGCGUUGAACGAACCUGAGGGUUCCAGCAAGUGGGCAAUCUCCACGUACGUCCGGAGGUUGAUGAACCCUAAUUGUCCUGAUGGUCAUGAGGCUUUGAUGACUCACCAUCUCGAGGUCAUGAAGAAAAGUGGCAUUCUCACCAUGGUUAAGAAAUCAUACAAGCUUGCCGUCUCUUCUCCUCCGGGGAACGUGGCUGCUGCGGGUGCUGUGGCUUCCGGAUCGGAGAUUCCUCCGACUUACACCGGUUCGCUUGAUAUGGUGGUGGCUUCCGGAUCGGAGAUUCCUCGGACUUACACCGGUCCGCUUGAUAUGGUGGUGGCUUCCGGAUCUGAGAUCCCUCCGACCAACACCAGUUCGCUUGAUAUGCUGGCUGUCACUGCUUCUGGCUCGGCUUCUCAGCCUCUGAAGCGAGGUCGUGGACGUCCACCAAAGCCUAAGACCGAAGCUCCACAACAGCAACAACCCAUUGAUGCUCGACCAAUCUCACAAGCGGUGCAACCAUCCACCAACGUUGAACCCAGCGCUGUCCAGCCAAGCGGGGAGCAACCCGAGUUGCCUGUGGCCAAUCCUUCCCCGGUGGUCACGGAGCCGGCAAAGAGAGGCCCUGGUCGUCCAAGGAAAGACGGAUCUGGUCCGAGCGUUCCAGCUUCGAAUCUGGCUGUAACGAUGAAACGAAGGGGCUGGCCAAUGAGUUGUAGAGCUUCUGGGAGAGAGAGGAAGCCCAUAUCUGUCCCGCCUCCUGACUCUAUGCUUCCUGUCGCCACCCUUGCUCCGGCUGGUGAAGCUAUGGCGGUUGCGGCCGUGAUGAAGCGUGGACCAGGACGUCCACCUAAGCGUGGACGAGGACGUACCGCAGGUAGACCCAUACAGGACACACCAAGGCUAGUUACGAGGGCUACUGCGAACAUCCAAGAGGCUGACUAUGGAGAACUCAAGAGAAGGCUUGGCCUUGCUAGCGAGAAAGUAAAAGAGAUCUUGAAUGUGUUGGAAGCUGGUAUUGCUGGGGACAAACAGGCUGUGGCGCAAGCUGCACAAGAGCUGGAAGGAUUGAUACUGAUGAUGCAGCCGGAGGAGGCAGCACCACCACAGAUUGAAUCUGAGACACAAGGAAUGGAACUUGGACAAGGAAGCAAAGGAGGAGGAGAACAAGCACCGAUCCAAACCAUGAUCCUAGCCCAGCCAAAUGCCAUGGAAGAAGUGCAGCCAGAAGAGGCAGCACCAGAGAUUGAAACUGAAGCACAAGGAAUGGAACUUGGACAAGGAAGCGAAGGAGGAGGAGAACAAGCACAGAUCCAGACCCUGAUCCUGACCCAGCCGCAGCCUCAGACCCUGACCCAGCCGCGGCCCCAGACUCCCCCUCAGCUUCAGCCCGAGACCCUGACCUUGACCGAGCCUGAACCCCAGAUCCUUCGUGAACUUGAGCCUCAGACUGUGCCUGAGCUUGAGCCUCUGCCAGAGCUUGAGCCUCUUCUUGAGCUUGAACCUCUGAUUGACCUUGAGCCUCUGCCCUUGACCCAGUCCCAGCCGCAGAUCCUGCCCCAGAUUGAGCCCAAUACAGAAGCUGAAGCAAUGGAUGAAGAUAUAUUCUGAUUUCUGAAGUGACGGUCCAACAAAAACAGCCUAGACAUAGCCUUGGUGUUCGUGGUUAUGAGUGUUCUUCUAAUAUUUGGGUGUUGGAUCGAUCGUCUCUGAAUAAAGCCUGUAAGGCAUUUUUAUUUUUAACAGUUUGCUAGAGAAGAGACAAAACCUUUUGAUACUCUGGUCGGUUUGUUUCUGUUUAUGGAUAUUUCCAGUGUUGGAUGUUUUCUCUUUUUAUUAAUCUAAACAUUUUCUGCUCCGAUCUUUCUUUCUAUUUUGCUUUUUUUUUUUUUUAAUAUGUUAGUUCACUUAGGUCGAAUCUGAAUUUUAUAUUAUUGUUGUUAGUAAUAUCUUCAUAUCUUUUCCAUGUCUACAGUUAGUUUUAAUCAACUAGUCAGCUACAUUUGAACUCACUUUGAACUUUAGUCCUUCAGUAUACAUAGAGAAGUCAUCAACCAUUGAAACAGUUCGGCCAAGUUGCAACAAUUGUUUCAGUCUUUUAGAACACUCCUUUCGACCUCUUUAUAUUAACGUAGUUGCUCUUUAAAUGAAAUGUUAAUUAAAACUGUAGACAUUAAGUCGUCUAUUAAUUCUGGGUGCUUACUGUUCCAACCUAACGAUCUUGAGAAAUGUUUCUGUAACAAUACAUCAAGUGUACUCCCAGUACUAUAAACAUGAGUUUUUUGUAUAUCAAAAACGAUAUACUAUCAUGUUUUUCAAUUUAAUUCAUCAAACUUUUGGUCGCCUGUUUAUUUUACAUCUGAGUAUGAAUAUUUAAUCAUAAAAGGGUUUCACAUAUAGAACUUUAAUCAUGAUCAGCCCACACAUUAGACAAAACUUUACACAAAAUCCUGCAACAUCAUGUUCUUUUUCUGCGACACCAAUAAUUUUUAUUAUAUAACAUUUUAGUACUAAAUCUGUGAGGCAUCAUAGAAUGGAUACAUUAAUCGGUAAAUUAAAAUGAAAAAUAGUUAAUCUGUUAUUUAAUGUCUGUAAAAAAUUAUGUAUUAAAAUGUACAUUUUUAGUGUACUAUUACAUAAUUUUCUCAAUCAUGUUUACGAUAAUUUUAUAGAAAGAAUAAUAUUUUUCUAAAAUAGUGCCGAUCGCCUACUAUAACUUUUUUUUAACUAGACCAAAAUAUAACCUAAUUUUUAGCACUACAUACUAAUUAAGAUUGCAUAGAAACUGAAACGAACAUAUGAAAAAAAAAUAUUUCUAAAUAUAAAAUUUUGUUUACGAAAAAUAAGAAAGUUCGAAGACAUUAGUAAAAUAUUUAAUGUAACAUUAAACAUCUAAUUCAAUUUAAAGAAAUAAAAUCUAGUUUUAAUAUAGUUCACAAAAGUCAGAGAACUAUUAGGUUAGUAUAAAUUAUAUUAUUUUUGGAUCUUAACUUUUAUUAUACGGAAAAUCGAAGAAACAUAAAGUGUAUAAAAAAAAGCAACGAAACGAAUUGAAAUUGAUGAGACAAAAAGAUAAACUAAAGAAAUAAAAAACUACAAUUUAAGGAACUAAAUUAAAAUAAUAUUGAUGAUAAUAAGAACAAUAGAUAAGUUAAAAUUUUAAUUUUUAAUUUUGUUAUUCUUUAUUAUUUGGUAAUUAGGAUCAAUUAAAUUAUUUUACAUAUUAUAAUUUCAUUUUGACUAAAUAUAAAAUAUGAAAAUUUGAUUUGAAUUAAUUUUCUUUAUCUUCAUAUAUAUAUUUAUUUAAUUAAAAUAAUAUUUCUAUGAUUUGACUAAAAAUAAAUAUGGAAUCUUGACUUGGAUUUAUUUCCUUUUCAUUUUAAAUUUUAUUAUAUUUAUGAUAUUAUGUUUGACUAAAACAUAAUAUGACACUUGAUUUGGGUUUUAUAUGUUUCAUUUAUUUCUUUUUUCUAAUAUAAUAUUUGAUUGCAAAUAUGAAAAAGGAAUGCUAUUUGAAUUCAAACUUGGGAACAUAUUCAAGGGCAUACCUACUUGAUACCAUAUCAACUCAAUAAUUUAGUGAUUUUUUGUAAUUUAAUAUUAUUUUUAUAAUAAAUCAAAUUGAAUUUUUUUUGUCAAUAUUAAUCCGGACAGCAACUUCACCAGACCCAAUUUUUUUUUAAAGAUUCACCAGACCCAGUAAGAUCUUCAUGCGAAAAUAAAUCAAUUUGAUUUUUUAUUUACUCUAGUUAAUUACUCUAAUCAUGUAAUCUUGUUACACACCUUUAAAUAUCUAUUCUAUAAAAUAGAAGUCACAAUUUCUAUUUAUGUGUGAUUUUUUUUUUAAAAUGACCAUUCUUAGAAAAUCAUAUUUCAUUUAUUUUUAAUUAACAUUUUGACAUCAUUAACAUAUCACAUCUUAUUUAAUCAACAUAUUUAACAACUUCAUCUAUAAAACUUUUUAAAUUUUAUUUUUGAUUAUAAAACAUUUGUUAACAAAAAAAUCUAAUAAAAUAUUUUUAAAAUUUUAAAUAUUUUAUAUAGUAACACCUUAAUUAAUUUCGUAAUUAAUAGUAUAAUAUUAUUCAAAUCAAUUAUAUUUAAGAUUUUACUAUAAAUUUUUUCAUUUUUUUCAUAAAAAUUCAAUUAAAAUAGAAGUACUAUAGAAUUAAACCAUAUAAAAGUAUAUUAUAUUAAUAAAAUAAUUUAAAAUAUCACUCACCCUUAAAAUGGGUUAAAUUCGUAAAUCAUGUAUAAAAUUUAAUAAAAUAAUAAUUCUAAAUUAUUUAAACAUAAUAUUUACUUAUAAAAUUCUGCUAUAUAUAUUAAAGUUAUAGAUGCUAAAGUAUAUUUUUAAAAACAUAACAAUGAAAUAUAAAUGAUCCUGAACAAAUAUAAGUGCUAUAGUAUAACUAAAACAAAAUUUAAUUUUUUUUUGUGCAAACUGUUAGAAAUUAAACUUGGAAUUCUAUGAAACACAUAUCCUUGUAUUUUCAAUACAUUUGGUAUCCAAAUAUCUCUAAAACCGAAGACACCCUAGGAAGGAGUUUCCAUGCAACCUAAUACUAACACCAAAAUUCAAAUUUGAUACGUUGCGCGAUUGUAUCGUAAUAUCAAAGAAGAAAAUGUCAAUAUUUUACCAAAAAAAAAAAGAAUGUCAAUAUAAAAG